GUUCUGGUUUCCAGCCAAUCAGGAGACGAAGUGUGGUUGAGAAGUUAUAGAUAUCAGGUGUAAUCCGCAUUAAUAUCAAAGUCGAGGAUGGAUGUGAAAAACUGAAGUUUAUGAAAGAUUAAGUAGCUCUUCGAAAGGGAACCUCUUAUUGUAUCCGACAGGUUCAUGCACUUUGGCCAAGACCUCAGUUUUUGUGUCCUGCUUGGAUAAAACUGACCAGACACUCCUUUUUCCUCUUCCAGUCCUGACUGACUCCAGUUUGAAUAACAAUGUCUGAUGAUUCAUCUCUUCAUUUAAAACCCCUAUCAGUAUACUCACACAUGGUGAGCUCUCGGCAGCAGUACAGUGCCAACAGACCGGUUUACAACAUUCAGGUACACAUUUCCAAUAAAGAAGCCAGAGCACAUAAAAGACGGCUGGAAGAUUCAUGUUUCGAUGAGAGCUAUGAGACCCCCCUUAAAAGACAAUGCAUCACAAGAACAUUUUCCCCGGAUCAGGGAUACUUCUCUGUGGACUUUCUAAGCAGAGUCCAGGGAGCGACACCUAUACAGCCAUUAAUAAUCUCUAAAGAUGUCACGCCGCCUCGGUCAAAGGUCAAUCAGCCUGUGACCCCAGUCGUGUCCACCCCUCUGUCCAACUGCAAACAGAACUGGAUAGAUCAAGACCGGGAGGGCCUUCCCUCCCCGAUACCGGUUCUAAAAUGGGACGGAGAGGUUCCCGUGGCUAAAAUAUCAUUGCGCUCAUCUCUAAACUUUGAUUUGUGCAGUUCUGUUUCUUUAGUUGGCUCUCAGGGACCUGUGAAAGGUGAAGUCAAGGAGGUCCCACAUGAGCUUAUCCCAAUCCGUGAAUCAAAAUCCCACAUCGCGCCCCCAGAAACUGUUGUCCCAGUGAAAGAGGAAAAAGGAGUGUCUGUCAGUCAACAGGCGGAGCCUGAGGUGACUCUGGGAAAUGAAGAAACCACCGCAGAGAGCUUUGAGAGCACACUGCCGCUCCAGGUCCAGGUGAAGUCCAAGGUGGUUGUUCCAGACAACACCAAGACCACCAGCAAACCUGCGGUGUUUUGUGAAAAGGAGUGGGAGAGACGGAAGAAGACGUAUGUCGAGUCCGUAAAAAGACAUAUGAAAGAGAAAGGAGCAGCGAACGGUGUCAUCACUGAGCUCCAUACUUUGAUGAACACCGUGGCCAGUCAUCAAACUGGAAGGACCGGGCCCCACUGGCAACACCCCUCAGACCUCACACGGAGGAAUUAUCUUCAGUCCCAUCCCAGAUGUCAGUUAGUCUCCCUUGACGAGUGGCAAAAAAGAUACCAUCUUUCCUAUCGACGCUUUGCUAAAGUGCCAGAUAUUUUCCACAGGAGCCCAGUGCUCUGAUUUAUUUAUUAUUUUUACUUUCAUUGUUCUGUAUGUUUGUCGUUUCAUAUCUUUUCUCUGUCAUCGGUAUAAAGGUGAGGAUCAUUGAUUCGUGCUGCUGGUUAGUUGCUCGCUGAGAAAUCUAAUCUGGUUUGUGUGUGUUUUUUUUUUUUUUUUUUUGAUUUCACCGUGUGUGUUUGUACUGCAUGUUUCAUCCUAGUGGUGUUGGGUGUGAUGUAAAAAGAGAUCUAUAUAUAAAUAGACGAUGUAUAGUAUAUUUGCCUUUUGGUGCUUGUAGAAUUUAAAGAUGUAAAUAGAUGUGUGGUUUGAUAUUUAUUUGUGUGUAAUUUUGCAUGAUUAAUAUUCUCAGUAGAGUUUAGUCCUUUACCCCAACCAGCACUUAUUCACCUUUACAGCUGCUGUAUAGUUUGUUUCAAUCGCCAGACAAAUUUGCCCAAUUUACUGUAUAUUUGAUUUGUUAGUCAUUUUCUUUCUUAGUUAUACAUUGUUACAUAGUACAGUUUGCUUUGUUGAGGACAAACGUUGCAGUGUUUCUUUAGCUAUUUUGUAAACUAAUUACAGUUACAUUUUUAGCAUUAAAUGCAUAUAAAGGGACAUUGGUAACAGAUUUUAUAUUUUGUGAGUAGAAAAAUAUUCUGUUGAACAUCAUUGUUACUCUCAGGAAGAGCAUGUAUGUUGUGUCCUUUUGAUUGGUUUUGUUCAUUUGUUACAUUUGCUUACUUAAAGCAGUUUUAUAAACUUUAUACAUUUAAAUUAAACAAUUUACUGUA